AUGAGUCAUAUUGAGCAGGAGGAAAGGAAGAGGUUUUUUAAUGACGACCUUGACACUUCGGAAACAUCACUAAACUUCAAAUCUGAGAACAAAGAGUCGUUUUUAUUUGCAAAUAGUCAUAAUGAUGAUGAGAUCGUAUCGGUGAAUGAUACACCGGAAGAAGAGAGAGACCGAUCUAUUUUGCCGGCCAGGGAAGAAAUCGGAGAAGAAAGCCAAAAUCAGUUUAUUGCAGAGCUUUUGAGGAUUAUUCCAGAAAUGGCAACGGACAUUGCGAUGGAACUUGAUGAAAAGUUUGGUAGUCAGAAGGAAGGGCUCUCUUUAGCACUAUCACAUUACUUUGAUCAUUAUAACGGGAAGUCCACCAGCAAUAUACCGUCUUCCCCGAAUAAAAUACAUACACUUUCUGAUACCUCAACCUCAGCCUUGUCCCCCCCUUCAUCCCAUGUUAAAAGAAAAAUAAUUUACGGUUUCAGAGACCAACACCGAUUAGAAGAUAAAAUUACUUGGAAAAGGUUUAUAGGUGCUUUGCAAGUCACUGGGAUGGCUACCAGGCCUACAGUCAGGCCCUUGAAGUAUGGCUCUCAGUUGAAGUUGAAAAGAUCAAGUGAAGAGAUUUCUGCGACCAAGGUAUACGAUUCACGUGGCAGAAAGAAAGCUUCCAUGGCUAGUUUGGUAAGAAUUUUUGAUAUCCAAUAUAACAGAGAAAUCGGCAGAGUUCCCGAAGACAUCGCUCAAAUACUAUACCCUCUUUUAAGUUCUAACGAUAUAAGUUUUGAGGCUACAUUAAUUUUUUGUGAUAAUAAACGGUUGAGUAUAGGUGAUAGCUUUAUUUUACAAUUGGAUUGCUUUUUAACGUCUAUCAUUUUUGAAGAAUCUAAUGAUGGACAAUCCUUUAUAAAAAGAAGGCGUACAGAGAGAGAAAAUAAAAGAGAAAGAGACAAUGGAAAUUUUGGCAGAACAUUGACUGAAACUGAUGAAGAGCUGGAAAACCGUUCAAAAAGAUUGGCUCUACUGAGGUUAUUUGAUAAAUUAGAACUAAAACCUGUAUUGGAUGAACAGAAGGCCUUAGAAAAGCACAAGAUAGAGCUUAGUAGUGAUCCCGAAGUCAUUGAUAUAGAUGACGACGAUAUUUGCUCCGAUCAAGCGACUGAACCCCAUAGAAAUUUUCGAGAUACCCAGCACGAAGAAGAAACAAUGAACUUGAAUCAAUUGAAAACAUUUUAUAAAGCUGCACAAUCAUCAGAAUCUUUGAAAAAUUUACCUGAAACAGAACCUCCUCGGGAUGUUUUCAAGCUAGAGUUAAGAAAUUAUCAGAAACAAGGUCUUACUUGGAUGCUGAGAAGAGAGCAAGAGUUUGCCAAAGCCGCCUCUGAUGAGGAGGCUUCAGAAAUGGAUGCUAAUAUGAUAAACCCGCUAUGGAAACAGUUUAAAUGGCCGAAUGAUAUGUCGUGGACUGCUCAAAAGAUGCAACAGGAUCAUGUUAAUGUUGGAGAUGACAUAUUCUUUUAUGCGAACUUACAUUCUGGUGAAUUUUCUCUAGCAAAACCUAUAUUAAAAACGAUGAUAAAGGGCGGCAUAUUAUCGGAUGAAAUGGGGUUGGGUAAAACAGUUGCAGCAUAUUCUUUAGUUUUAUCCUGUCCUCACGAUAGUGAUGUUUUUGACAAGAAACUGUUUGAUGUUAAGAGUGCGCCAGUUUCUAAUGACAUUUCAAGCACUUUUAUAGCAUCUUCUUCAGAUAAUAAGAAACCAUAUGCUUCAAAAACAACGCUAAUUGUAGUCCCAAUGUCUUUGCUAACUCAAUGGGGUAACGAGUUUACAAAAGCUAACAAUUCACCCGACAUGUAUCAUGAAGUAUAUUAUGGUGGGAAUGUUUCCAGUUUGAAAACUUUAUUAACAAAGACAAAAAACCCGCCAACUGUAGUUCUUACUACAUAUGGUAUUGUUCAAAAUGAAUGGACCAAGUAUUUUAAGGGAAGGAUGACAGACGAGGACGUCAAUAUAUCAUCUGGCUUAUUUUCUGUCAAUUUUUAUCGUAUAAUAAUCGAUGAGGGUCAUAAUAUUAGAAACAGAACGACAGUAACAUCUAAAGCAGUCAUGGAUUUACGAGGCAAAUGCAAAUGGGUUUUAACGGGAACACCAAUUAUUAACAGGCUUGACGAUUUGUAUAGUCUCGUUAAGUUUUUAGAGUUAGAUCCCUGGCGACAGAUCAAUUACUGGAAGACCUUUGUAUCAACUCCUUUUGAGAGUAAAAAUUAUAAACAAGCAUUUGAUGUGGUGAACGCAAUUCUAGAACCUGUGUUGUUAAGAAGGACAAAACAAAUGAAAGAUAAAAAUGGCAAGCCAUUGGUAGAGUUACCUCCAAAGGAAGUCGUUAUUAAAAGACUACCGUUCAGUAAAUCCCAAGAUCUUCUAUAUAAGUUUUUGUUGGAUAAGGCUGAGGUGUCUGUUAGAUCAGGCAUUGCACGCGGUGAUUUACUGAAAAAGUACUCAACAAUCCUUGUUCAUAUUUUAAGAUUGAGGCAAGUUUGUUGUCAUCCCGGUCUUAUUGGAACUCAAGAUGAAAACGAUGAGGAUUUGUCCAAAAAUAACCAGUUGGUAACGGAACAAACGGUGGAGCUUGAUUCUUUAAUCCGUGUAGUUUCCGAGAGAUUCGAUAACACAUUCUCUAAAGAGGAACUAGAGGCAAUGAUACAAAGUUUAAAAGUUAAAUAUCCAGACAAUAAAUCAUUUCAAUCCUUAGAGUGCUCCAUCUGCACAACGGAACCUAUUGAUUUGGAUAAGAUCUUAUUCACAGAAUGUGGCCACAGCUUUUGUGAGAAAUGUUUAUUUGAAUAUAUUGAUUUCCAGAAUGGUAAGAAUCUGUGUUUGAAGUGUCCCAAUUGUCGUAAACCAAUAGAUGCUUGUAGGUUGCUGACAUUGGCACAACCGAGUGGCAGCUCGGAAAACUUGGAGUUCAAACCAUAUUCGCCAGAUUCCAAAUCAAGCAAAAUCACUGCUUUAUUAAAGGAGCUUCAAUUGCUACAGGAUAGUUCGGCAGGCGAACAGGUUGUCAUUUUUUCCCAAUUUUCUACAUAUUUGGAUAUCCUGGAGAAAGAACUAACUCAUGCUUUCCCCAAAGAUGUUGCAAAAAUUUAUAAAUUCGAUGGACGUCUCUCGUUAAAAGAAAGAACCAAUGUUUUGGCUGAUUUCGCUGUUAAAGACUAUAGCAGGCAAAAAAUCUUAUUACUCUCCCUGAAGGCUGGUGGCGUAGGUUUGAAUUUAACGUGCGCGUCUCACGCCUAUAUGAUGGACCCAUGGUGGUCACCUAGCAUGGAAGAUCAGGCAAUCGAUAGAUUGCAUAGAAUCGGUCAGACAAGCAGCGUCAAAGUUAUGAGAUUUAUCAUACAAGAUAGUAUAGAGGAGAAAAUGCUACGCAUCCAAGAAAAGAAGAGAACCAUCGGCGAGGCCAUGGAUACAGAUGAAGACGAAAGAAGAAAAAGGAGAAUUGAAGAAAUACAGAUGCUGUUCGAAUAG